UCCAGCUUGACACCGGUAGAUGUUUCACUCCCUCCAUUCAUUUCAUUCGCACAGUCGCAUCCUAGCAGCGAGCCCUCCCCUCCUGUUUCUCUCCGCCUGGAAAGAUGGCUGCUCCGGUGGUGGUGAGAAGCUCUGGCCCGGCGCUCUGCCCGAGCUUCGCGGAGGUCUGUUCGUUCCUGGAGCGAUUCGGAGCGGCGUUGGAUUUGCCCGAGAUGACUUACCCACAGAUGGAGAGGUAUCUGCGGGACACAACGACCGUUCCUAAACCUCUUGUGGAGCUCCACGUGAAGCUGCUCAGAAAACUGGGGAGGUCUGUGACUACUGACCGCUGGGAAAAAUACCUGGCUAAGGUUUGCCAGGAGUUGAACAGUACCUGGGCAUGGGAGCUGGAACAGAACGGCUACCAGGAGAUGUCCAUGGAGUGCAAGUCAUGCAUUCUCAAAUAUCUCUGCGAGUGUCAGUUCGAUGACAACCUAAAGUUCAAGAUGGCGAUUAAUGAGGAGGAACCAGAGAAGAUGCGUCUGCAGCCUAUAGGUCGGGACCAGCAGGGCCUGAUGUACUGGCUUCAGCUGGACCAGGAGCAGAAUAUCCGGCUGUACACGGAGGAGCAGGACGAUCUGGACGGAUCCACCUGGAAGUGCAUCGUCAGGACUCGUAACGACCUAGCUGAGGCUCUGGAGCUGCUGAAGUCCCAGGUUGAACCAAAACAGAAUCAAGACCAGAACAAGAACCAGACUGGAUCCAGGAGUGCCAGCCCCACAGAGAAAGAUGCAGGGAAUGAUGCCAUUGGUAGCACCAACCCUGAACCCUCCAAGACCACAGAGGAACACACUGACAGUGAGAAGGCUGACCCUGUAAAAGAAGAGGAACUCCUAACACCAGUGAUAAAGCUGGAGGAAACUACCAAGCAGGAAAACCCUGAGGCUGAGGUGAAAGAAGAGAAGACGGACCGCAAAUCAUCGCCUGUCUUUGAUAAUCGCGUGAGCACGAUCACCACCAUCAUCAAAUCAGAAGCCAGGGACCCUGACGCUCCCAAAAACGCUGUGUCGGUGGUCAUGGCGCCAGGUGCGACUGUGACCAAACCAGAAAUGAACAAGGAAGAUGAAGUAGAGCGGGCAGUCGUCAGGAGCAACCAGCAGGCCAAGAUACCCCUGAAAAAGAGGGAGCUUAAGCUUGCUGAGAGCUACCACAGCAACCACCUUAACAACAGCAACAGCAGUAGUAUUAUUGUUUGUAACCCGUCAGUGAUCCAGACCAAAGACAGUCAUGGAAAAGAGGGGAAGUUGCUGAGCUCAUUAGCGCCCCCUGGUGGUCCAGCUGCCUCACAACCCCAGCAGCAACAAGUGGUCACUGCAUCGAGGCAGGAACUGAGCAACGGGAGAGCGUCUCUCCCCUUGACGCACAAAGAGGGACAGAAUGGAGUCAUAGGGGUCAUAGGUCAAGUCGGCGUUGUAAGUCACGUAGGGGUUAUCCGCAGCCCGUCUGAGCGCCACAGAGCCCCCGGUGCUGAGAAGCAGGAACAAAAUGGGCCCAGUUUGGACCACAGAGGCUCCAGAGCUGUGGAGGAAGAGAGGGAGGUGAGCCGGCAGUCAGUGCUGGUAAGGAAGGCACCGGUUGAAGGGGAGACGGCAGCAGCAGCAGCCACCGCUCUUCCUCCUCCUGCAGCGAUGGAGGCUCAAACAGCCAGAAAACUACCGUUGUCAUCCUUAAAAUCUGAUCCACUCUCUGAAGCUGUAGAGAGAAAAGUGGAUUCUGUUAGCCUUCCCUCGCUGGCUCAGUCCACAGAAGACCAGGGUAAAAAAGUAACGGAGGAGCAGUUCGACAGGGGGAUGAAAACUGGGCACAGCAGUCAUCAACAGAAGGGUGACGACCUGAACGAGAGUAAAGAGAGGAGAAGAGAGGCGUCUGGGCACCCUGAGGCAGAAGAAGGAAGCAAAGGUGACCAUGAAAAGAAUAAAAGCACUUUAGGAAAGUUGGGGGCGGAAUCAGGGAGCACCACUCCACUUCUAAAAGUAGACCAGCAGGGUAAAGAGGACCACCAAGAAGAUGGGGUCAACGGUGGGUUGGCUGUCCAGGUUAGGGUGAAGGACACUGGGCUUGGAUCGGUGGAGAGGCAGGGUCCAUUGGAGGAAGCCUCCUCUGAGCUCCAGAAAGAAGGAAUCCGGUUGAAGAUCAAGAUUCCUCCCCACCGGAGAAACAAGUUAAGGGGAAAAGGGGGAAAGGAGGAGGAGAAAGAGAGGGAGCAGGAGGUGCAAGAGGAUGGGAGGGCGCUGAGGAGAUCUGCAAGAAUUUGCAGAUCUGCUUUGCCAACCUGCAGGCCGAGCUCGAAGGUGGCUGAGAGCCAGAGAAAGAAACCGCAAAAAAAACAGGCACGGCCCGACAGAACGAGGGAAGAAGAAGAAGAGGAGGAGGAGGAGGAGGAGGAGGAGGAGGGAGAAGAGGAAGAGGAGCUGGGCUCAACUACAAAGAAAGACGGAAAAACAGAACCUGCCAGGCAAAUUAGGAAGCAAAGGGGUAAACGGAGGCAUCGACGCCCCCGAUGGUCCAACAUUCGUGCUAAGAGACGCAAACUGAAUGAGGGAGAGGAGGUGGAGGACAGAGGGAGGAAACGAGGAGAGGGGGAGAGUGAAGGAGGGAGCGACUCUGAAGAAUCCUGUAAAUCCGAGGAGAUUCCCAGUGAGGAUGCCUGCAGCCACUGUGGCCUGCCCAACCACCCUGAACUGAUCCUGCUGUGUGACUCUUGUGAUAAUGGAUACCACACUGCCUGUCUGCGGCCGCCGCUCAUGUUGAUUCCAGAUGGAGAGUGGUUCUGUCCUCCCUGCCAACAUAAGCUGCUGUGUGAGAAACUGGAGGAGCAGCUGCAGAACCUGGACAGUGCUCUGAAGAAAAGAGAGAGAGCAGAGAGGAGGAGGGAGCGGCUAGUAUACGUGGGAAUCAGUGUGGAGAACAUCAUCCCUGAGGGAGAUGAAGUGGAAGAGGAGAAGACUGCAAAAAAGAAAGAUCCCAAAAAGAGCAAAAAUCUCGGGAGGAGAUCAACCAGAACCAGGAAACACAUCAGCUACAGGUUUGAUGACUUUGACGAUGCCAUUGAUGAGGCUAUAGAGGAGGACAUCAGGGACCUUUGUGGAGGAGCAGGGCAAGGCAGAGACAUCACCGCUAUCCUGUCAGAGGACGGGAAGGAGAGCCAGCGGCCAAUCAGAAGCCAGGCUCAUUCUGCCAGGAACAGGAAGAAGCGGAGGCUGAACGACCUGGAGAGUGACAGCACUGCAGCAGAGAGUGAAGACGAGUUCAUGCUCAGCAACAGCUCAGAGGAUGAGGAAUUUGGUGCUUCAGGGGCUGAUGAUGACGAGGAGGAAGAUGAAGAUGUGGGCAGCGACGUGGGCAGCUUGGAGAGUGGGACCCGCCCCAGACGGGCAGCGAGAGGGGUACCUAAGCACCGACCCAGCAAGACCCAACGCAGGGGCAGGAAACGGCUGAGACGGCGGCGGAGACGCUCCUCCGAGGAAGAGGAGGAAGACACUGAUGAAGAAAUGGGCUCGGAUCAGUUCAGCAACAUGACUGAUAGCGACGCUGACAAAAAAAGGCGGGGUCUGAGGCGUGGCCAGCGGCAGCAGGUCAACUACCGCGAGACGUCGGAGUCGUCGGACAACUCCCGGGCCUCCGCCAAGAAGGUCAAAGUUAAACCCCGCGGCAGACCACGCAAGGAGCAUCUCUCGAGCGACUACAGUGAUGUGUCGCCUUCUUCCAGAGACUCGGAGGAGGAGGAGGAUUAUGAAGACGAAGAGGAGGAUGACCAGAGACGAAGAGUGAACAAGAGGAGAAGGCAGGAGGAAGACCUCCGGAGACACAGGACGAGAGAAAAGAGGAGGCGAUUCAAACACGACGAGGACGAGGAGGAUGACAGAGAGAGAGGGAGGCGGCUGAAAAGGAAACUAUUAGAGAAGGAGAAGGACAGAGACCAGCGGAGGAGGCUAAAGAGGACAGAAAAAGAAGAGGAGGACCUGGAGAAGAUGGGCAGGGGGAAGAGGAGAGAGAUCCUGUCGCAGCAGCGGCGCAAACGGCUCGCUCAGAUGCUGAAAAAAAGGCGGCCUUCGACAGACGAUGAGGACGAGUCGGACUCGGACGAAUCGGACUCGUCAUCGGAAGAGGAUCGCCCAGUCCGCAAAAGACUCAACCGCAUUGACUCUGAUGAUGAUGAAGAGGAAGACGAGGAGGAAGAAGAGGAAGAGGAGGAAAGACAGAAGGUGACGACGAAGAAGGUGGAGAAGAGGGCCGACAGCGACACUCAGGAAAAGGGGAGAGGCCGUAGCCUGUCUCCGUCAAACGGACAUCGAACCUCCAGAGGCCCGGCAAAGCCUGGGGCUGGAAGUCCCGCUGUGCCCACGGACAGUGCAGGAUCAGGCAGGCAGGGCAGGCACAAUGGCCCCUUACAUCCAGGGGAGGAGGAAGAGGAGGGGGAGGGGCAGACAGACUUAUUAAACUCUGUCCAGAACAGUCCGCAGUCAUGAUGGCUGUGUUUGUGUGAAUAACGCUCGCUUCUUUGUUUUUUGUUUUCUUUUAACGGUCAGGACUUUCACCCACAAACCACCUUUUAAAACUGGAUAUCUUCUCCACCUCCGCCUCUUCCUCUUCCUACUCUCCUGUCCUGCUCUUCCUCCUCGCUGUUGUAUUGUGUUAGAGGGUUCUCCACCGGCACAUCCUGUACUUAACAACACAAACUCACGAGUACGCAUUUGCACUCAUCUUCACCUCUGACAGCCAGCCGGUCCAUGAGCAUCCUCGCUGGGGAGGUCCUCGCGAUCCCCCGAACUCUUUGAGUUACGGACGUCUCUCUCUCUCUCUCUCUCUCUCUCUCUCUCUCUCUCUCUCUGGUGGGUCCAUGUGGCAGGAUGAUGGUGCUUUCAUCCCAUUCGGGCCUGGUUGAAUUGGUUGAGUCUGUUCGUAGUGUACCUCAUCCUAAAGCACUUCAUCCCUCUCAUAGCACCUAAUAACCCACCGCCAAGGAGAGUGUCUCAGUGUCAAACCAAACACUUUGGAUGAUGUGACCUGAUGCUUAGAGACCCCAGACUUGGUCCCCACAACCGAAGCGUUGUCUGUCCCUUACCUCUAGUGGUAUCACUAUCUACCCAUGCAGAUAGCUCUGCUCACAUUUGUCCAGGUUUUGAGAUCUCUGAGAUCUCUGCCUCCACCCCAAUACAAAGUUAAUCGUGUUCGUGGUCCUCACAAAGGUGUUUUCAUUGUUGUGACGCUGAACUGACGGCGGGUGGGGGGGGCAUUUGUUGCAUGUUCCAUCCCUCUCUCUCCCCAUGUUUCCAGUCUCUCGCUCUCUCUCUACAGUUAUUUAGAGUUGAGUUUUGAAAUGCCGUGAGCACCACAAACUGAUUAACCUCCUUUGUGUUUGGGAUGGUGGCAGAAAUCUUUGACAGAUGCCUCAAAACCUGCC